AGGAUUUGAGACAGCCCAGGGUUUCCUCUUCAAGUAGGUUUAAAACAUUUUUUUUCUCUCACUAACUUCCUUCCUGUUCUAACUGCCAGUACUCAGAAGUCAGAGUUGAGAGACAGAGGCACCCCGGAGAGAGACACGACAGGCAAAGCCCUGAAUAUCGAGAUGACUGAAAAGGACCCGCAGCCACAGCUGGAUGAUGGUGACGAUGAACUCGACAGCAAGCUCAACUACAAGCCUCCCCCUCAGAAGUCCCUAAAGGAGCUACAGGAGAUGGAUAAAGAUGAUGAGAGUCUAACUAAGUACAAGAAAACACUGCUGGGGGAUGUUCCUGUGGUAGCAGACCCAACAGUCCCCAAUGUGACAGUUACCAGGCUUAGCCUUGUUUGUGACAGUGCACCAGGACCAAUCACCAUGGACCUUACUGGGGAUAUUGACGCCCUCAAAAAAGAAACAUUUGUGCUAAAGGAAGGUAUUGAAUACAGAGUCAAAAUUAACUUCAAAGUGAACAAGGAUAUUGUGUCGGGUCUGAAAUACGUUCAGCACACCUACCGGACUGGGAUGAAAGUGGAUAAAGCGACAUUUAUGGUUGGCAGCUAUGGCCCUCGGCCAGAGGAAUAUGAGUUUCUCACUCCCGUAGAAGAGGCUCCCAAGGGCAUGCUGGCCCGAGGCACGUAUCACAACAAGUCGUUCUUCACCGAUGAUGACAAACAGGACCACCUCACCUGGGAAUGGAACCUGGCCAUCAAGAAGGACUGGACAGAAUGAGAGCAUCUGCCCAGCUCUCAUGCUGCCCUUCCCACCCCGAAGAACCCUCCCAUCCAUGUUGGUCGUGCUGUCCCCUCCUCCCUCUGUUCACAGCUGAGCCCGUUCUCCAUCACCCCACCCCCAUGUUUCCAAAUAAUAAAUUUUUAAACGACCCUGUCUCUCAAAGUACUCCCUGCACAUGAGGCUUCAAACCUAGGCUACAACCUUGCCUGCCGGCUCUAACCCCCUCGCCCCAAGCAGGGCCAGAUCACCCAAGUUCUCCAUUUCCUUUAAUGCUGCCCUUUCUUCUUCCCAUUAGAGCAACCAAAGGCCAGGAAAUGGCCAAGCUACCACUAAAGGACCCUUGGCCUUCGGUUCAAUAGCUCAUUCUCACCACUGGGUUCUUCAGGCUCAGUGAAUCCCUUUGUCAAUUUCCCUACCCGUUGGGACUCUUUUCUUCUUCUGUGGGAGACACUGCAAACAACAUUAGAAAAGGAAUAAAACAACUGUUUGUGUGGCUGAGAA